AUGUCUCGGUCUUCACUACUCGGCAAGCGGACAAGGUCCGUCAAAGAUCAAGAAGAUGCUCAGCUUCCUGCCAAGCGUACCAGAAGACAGACACGAGCUUUGCGAGAGAAUGACGAGAACGACGACCCAGAAGCGACUGCCGCGUCCGAGAGUGACUCUCAACUCGACGAAAACUAUGUUGAGCCUCUCGCGAAGACACUGAAGCGCUCUCGAUCCCAGACACUCACAAAGACGACCCCAAUCACGCCACAAACCCCCAGACACCGAGAUGUCUUUGCGAACUCGCCCUCUACUCCUCGACAAGUUGUCAAAUCUGCUGGCAAGCUGUUCCAGCGCAUGACACCGCAUACUCCCCUUUCUCCCGGCUCCCUUCAAACCGUCUAUCACUCUGCGCGCCAGCUCUUCGCACGUGGAGCGGAUCCCGGCCAACUCGUAGGACGAGAACAAGAGCGUGAGCAGCUAGCUCAGUUUGUCCAACAAUGCUCGUCUUCCAGCCCCAGCGGUUGCCUUUAUGUCAGUGGGCCACCUGGAACCGGCAAGAGUGCGAUGGUCAAGGAAGUUACGGAGCAAUUGAUGGAAGCGACCGUCGUGCGACAGGCAACCAUCAACUGCAUGAGCAUCAAGUCGUCCAAGGACCUCUACAACACCUUGCUCGACCUUUUGGGGCACGAAAGUGAUCUUUCGGAGGGAUCGGCAAUGGAGGCGCUGCAGAAAAUGUUCGUCACGAAGAAGAAGGAUUCUCCCGUCUACCUCGUCGUCUUGGACGAGAUUGACCACAUCUUGACUAUGGGCUUGGAGAGUCUGUACCGCCUGUUCGAGUGGUCUCUGCAACAGCCUUCCAGACUCGUCUUGAUCGGCAUCGCGAACGCGCUCGAUCUCACAGACCGAUUUCUGCCACGCCUCAAGUCCAAAAACCUCAAGCCGGCCCUGCUUCCCUUCCACCCAUACUCGGCGGCUCAGAUCAAGAGCAUCAUCACCACGCGCCUAAUGUCCCUGCUUCCAAAGGACAGCAAGCAGACGUCAACUCCCUUCAUCCACCCUGCAGCCAUUGAACUAUGUUCUAAGAAGGUGGCGAACCAAACGGGAGAUUUGCGCAAGGCCUUCGAAAUUUGCAGACGUGCGCUCGACAUGAUCGAGUCAGAAACAAGACAGCAACACGAGAACGAGGCGAGAGAGAAGGUUUUGCAGAUGACACCAUCGCGGAAACCCCUGGGCGAGAACUCCAACAUGGCCGCCUCUGGCGGGUCAAGAAGUGUAUCGCAUGUUGCUGCAGCUUCUCUGAAGGCGUUGACGGCAGAGACGGCGCCUCGGGCAGCCAUUGGACACCUGAACAAGGUCACGGCGGCGGCUUUCAGCAACGGCACCAACCAGAGGCUCAAGGCCCUGAACCUUCAACAAAAGGCUGCACUCUGCUCAUUGGUCGCUCUUGAGAGACGCAACCGAUCGGCCAAGAUGGUAAACGGCUUGGCAACCCCAACCAAGGCGCAGACUCUCGCACCUACGGUCAAAAGUUUGUGUGAGACUUACACCAUUCUCUGCACCAGAGACGCUGUUCUGCACCCGCUGUCAAGCUCAGAGUUUCGCGAAGUCAUCGGAAGUUUGGAGACGUUGGGCCUGAUCAACCCGGUCGACGGAAAGACGGGAGGGUUGGUGGCGACGCAGACACCCAGCAAGCGAGGUCGCAAGGCGGCUAUGCCCACGGGCGAGGACAAAAGGGUGGCCAGCUGUGUCGGCGAGAAAGAGAUGGAGAACAUUGCCGAGGGUGUGGGAGCUGCUAUCUUGACGAGCAUUCUCAGCGGCGAGGCGUUGGAUUAA